AUGCAAUCUACCUCACGUGUUGAAUCAAUUAACGCUAUUAUUCAUAAAGCAGUUGCUUCUAGCUCUAGUAUGUCAGACAUAGUUGAAGCUUUAGAGCUUCAUAUGCAAAGGGAAGAAUUAAAUAAAAGUUUUAUGGAAUGGAAGCACAAAUCAAUAAGUAAUCAUCAAUCAUUUAUCAUUGAGUGGCUUUUUAGUAAUAUUAAUAAUGUAAUUCGAAAGUACUUCACAUCACGAAUUGCUGAAGAAAUUAACAAACAAAUGUGUGAAUCAGUACUAUACAAAUGUGAAAAGUUGGAUAUUGAUCAUGCUCUUGAAGAUCAAUUAUAUUCGGAUGAAAAUGAACUAAUUAAUAGUGAUAAUAACACACAAAAACUUAUUUCCAGGCAUUAUUAUAACAUUCAAGAAGUUCAGGUCCAAAACCGUCUACAAAAAAAAAUAGAUUAUAGUCGUUUAAUAGAUCAUUUUAAGAAAGCAUUAAGCUACUCAUUGGAAAAUGAUGAUCAAAAUGCUUUGGAUGAACUUAUCUUAGACUACAUUGCUAAAAAAGAAGAAAUUCGAAAUGUUCAAACUCAACUAGUGUCUGUUGAAGAAAGUCAAGCUUAUGAUGAUAUUAAAGAUCCAGUAGUGCGCAGGGGUAAAGGUAGACGUCCAAAUAAAUGGUUGAAAGCUUUUAAUGAAGAAACAAAUAAGAUUAGUAGUAAUAAAAAACAACAGGAUACUGCUGAUAGUGAUGGUGAAACUAGACGUAGAUGUAGAUUAUGUCAUAAAUCAGGACAUUAUACUCCUAAAUGCCCUAAUAAGGAAAAUGCAAU